CGUUCCAAUCUUCUAUCUUGGAAUUAAAUGACUUUCAGUGAAAUCAUAUGGUCGAAGAUUUCUGAAUUCCGUGUUUUAAUUUGAAUAGAGCAUUGGUCGGUAAUCACCGACGACUAACCACGUCUACGAUGGGGGAGUAUGACAUCAUAACACCAACCCUGCCUUUACAUGCCAGGAAUUAUUUGCUUGCUGGUCUUAUGCGAUUCGCUGAACUAAAGCCAAGGAAGUAUUCUUUAAUACUCUGUGAUUUCAUGAAACAAGCUACAACUGUUUACAGUCUUUGACUGGGGAUUAACACAACAAUUGUGUCUGAGUUACAGUCAGAAACCAUGUCUUUCAUCCCAGGACAACCAGUUACCGCAGUAGUGCAACGAAUUGAAAUCCGCAAACUGCGCCAGGGUGAACAUUUAAUCCUGGGUUUCAGCAUUGGAGGGGGGAUAGACCAAGACCCUGGCCAGAACCCCUUCUCUGAAGACAAGUCAGACAAGGGCAUCUAUGUGACACGGGUGACCCCAGGUGGACCAGCAGAAGUUGCAGGCUUGAUGAUGGGAGACAAAGUAAUGCAGGUGAAUGGAUGGGAUAUGACCAUGGUGACACACGACCAGGCUCGCAAACGGCUGACAAAGAAGAACGAAGAUGUCGUGCGUCUGCUGGUCACCAGGAAAUCUUUGGAGCAGGCUGUCAGACAUUCUAUGAUGUAACCCCAGGCAGUAACAAUGUCUUGCUGUCAUUAUCUUUUGAACCAGUGGCGUCCCUCCUAUGCAAUACUAGUCCCAUAAUGAAGACAGAAUUUGCCGUCUGAUUCAAGACAUUGUCAGUGACAAAUGGCUCUCAAACACUUCAGUAUUCUGGCAAAUUCUGCAUUUAUUGUGUAAAUUCAGGACAUGGAAUUAAGUUCAUAUUCCGAGAAUUUUAUUUCAAUCAAUAGUUUUUCCUUUCCUGAGUUGAAUUGAAUUUGGCUUCCCGAAUUGAUGUAGUGGAAAGGCAUUUAUCAUAGCUGUUUUCACAUAUUCCCAAAAAAGGGCACACUAUUUUCACGCUCUAUAAUUUCAUCUGUGCCUUCCUAGUUAUUGUCACUGGCAGGUUUAUCAGUGCAUUCUGUCAUUAGUCCAUUUCAUUUCAGUUAAUGACAUCAGUCAUUAUUUUAAUUUAUAUCUAAUGUUUGUGAGUCAACAUCACUAUAAGCCAAAGUAACACAAUGUAAAGAAAUUAUAGAUUGAUAAUGCACCUAUGGCAUGUGGUGUAACUUCGGCAGUUUUGUAGUGGUAGAGGUUGUUAUGCGAACACAUGUAUACAAUGGACAUACUAUAAUUUCCAGCAUUUAUCUUCCAGUUUACAAGCACAUCCAAACUCCUUACUCACUGUUGUAAUUCAUGUCUACCAAAUACUGUACAAUGUAUUCAAGGAUUUGAAUUAUGUAAAUCGUGCAGGAAAACCGUUACUUCUUAACCAUCUGGAUAAUGAGAUAAACUCUAUCUGGUGUUGCCAUCCUUGCCUUGAAAUUAGGACAGAGGAUAUUCAACCUUUUCAAGUGCCUUCUAAGGUUUGUGUGGAGGACAUGGCAUUUUGGAUUGUUUUAUUAUGUGGCUUGCUGGUUGAUCUUAGAAAGCUAAUAUACUCUCUUGGCACACUGGUUUAGUUUGGACUGAGGUUAAUGGAACUAGUGAAUUGAAAGUGUUGUUUGAUACACAAAGCCUUAAGGUGAAACUGGUGAUUGUACCACUCACUAAUUGUGCCAAUAGUGCUUUUUUUAUUUCUAUAGUGUUCAAUAUAUUCCUCAGUCGUGUAGUACACAGUGAUUUCUCACAUUCAUUCCAAUUAUUGUCAAUUCCUAUUAAAAUGUCUAAAAGUUUGUUAUUCAGAUUACAAUAGUUCCACAUGGGGGAAUAACCAAUAACACACAUUGUUUACCUGUAAUUUGCAAGAAUGCAAUCAAAUAACUAGAUUAUCACUUCUUGGAUAACUUUCAGCAAUUAUGUUUUCGAAAUAAGUACAUCUUUCUCUUGUCAAUGACAGUCAAGAAGUACAUAUUUGAAAAAGGAGCUAGUUGAAGAGCAGGUCAUAGAUCAAAUGACUUGAAUAAAUAAUUUUUGUUUUCUACUAAUGCCUCUUAAAAGUAUUGUAAUCCAAUUAAUUUUGUUACUCUGAAAGUUAGGUUACUGGUUACAAUUUUGGACAGAGAAUUAUAACACAUUUUAUACAGUACAUAGCCAAGCCUGUAACAUAAUGUAAUGAAUUACUAACUUAAUAUUUGAUAUGGUAUUGUUUUUGUUGAUUGGAAGACUGUCAUUAUAUAUAAUUGGGAAAGUAAUUGAUAUCCACACCCACCUUUUGAAUAAACACUAAAUGUAGCCCAA